GGCGGCGGCGGCAGCGCCCGAGCGGCGCCUCUCGCUCCUGCCCUGGGACCGCUUCUCGGCCUGGCUGCACUGCGUGUGCGUGGUGGGCUUCGACCUGGAGCUGGGCCAGGCCGUGGAGGUUAUAUAUCCCCCACAUUCAAAACUCACAGAUAAAGAGAAGACCAAUAUUUGCUAUUUGUCUUUUCCCGAUUCCAAUUCAGGUUGUCUUGGGGACACACAGUUUUGUUUUAGAUUUCGACGGUCUUCUGGAAGAAAAGUCUCAUUGUGUUGUUUUCUGGACCAAUUGGAUAGAGAUCUACCGGUUUACUUAAAGAAGGAUCCAGCUUACUACUAUGGCUAUGUGUAUUUCAGACAAGUUAGAGACAAAUCAUUAAAAAGAGGCUAUUUCCAGAAGUCCUUGGUUCUCGUCAGCAAGCUACCAUACAUCCACUUUUUUCGCACUGUACUUAAGCAAAUAGCACCAGAAUAUUUUGAAAAGAGUGAAGCUUUCCUGGAAGCAGUUUGCAGUGACRUUGAUCGUUGGCCACCUCCAGUUCCAGGGGAAAUACUGCAUUUGCCCAUUAUGGGUGUUGUAAUGAAGUUGCGGAUUCCAACAUACCGUGACAAGCCUGGAACAACCCAAGUAGUACAGAAUAUGCACCAGACAGAUGCACAAAUCUCUGUGGCCUUACCUACUGUUCAUGAAGUAGACCUGUUCAGGUGUUUCUGUCCAGUGUUCUUUCACAUUCAGAUGCUCUGGGAGCUCGUCUUGUUAGGAGAACCACUUGUUGUGAUGGCACCAUCGCCAUCUGAAUCUUCAGAAACUGUGCUAGCACUUGUUAGUUGCAUUUCACCUUUAAAGUACUGCAGUGAUUUCAGGCCAUACUUUACCAUACAUGACAGUGAAUUCAAAGAAUAUACAACUCGAACACAAGCCCCACCGUCUGUUAUUUUAGGGGUGACAAACCCUUUUUUUGCUAAAACACUCCAGCACUGGCCCCACAUUAUUCGAAUUGGAGAUAUUAAACUACCAGGUGAAGUUCCAAAGCAGGUGAAAGUGAAGAAACUCAAGAAYCUAAAAACUUUGGACUCAAAACCUGGGGUUUAUACAUCUUAUAAGACAUACUUAAACAAAGAUGAAGAAAUCAUAAAGCAGUUACAAAAGGGUGUACAGCAGAAACGUCCSUCAGAAGCUCAGAGUGUGAUUCUUCGGCGUUAUUUUUUGGAAUUGACAGAAAGUUUCAUUAUUCCAUUAGAACGUUACGUGGCAAGUUUAAUGCCUCUGCAAAAAUGUAUAUCACCAUGGAAGAGUCCACCACCACUGAGACAGUUUAGCCAAGAGGAUUUCAUGAAGACACUGGAGAAAGCAGGACCACAGCUCACUUCGGGGUUAAAAGGGGAUUGGAUAGGACUUUACAGGCAUUUUUUGAAAUCACCAAACUUUGAUGGUUGGUUUAGGAGCCGGCAGAAAGAAAUGACACAGAAGUUGGAGGCCCUUCAUUUGGAAGCACUCUGCAAUGAGAACUUGGUUUUCUGGAGUCAGAAGCAUACUGAGGUAGAAACAGUGGAUCUUGUCUUAAAGCUGAAGAAUAAACUGUUGCAGGCUGGCAGAGACCAUCUUCCUGUGAAAACUGAUACACUGAAAAAGCUGCAAAGGCACAUUGAUGAUAUUAUACUAGCACUUCCAGAUGAUUUGCAGGACAUUUUGCUCAAAACUGGCACAACAUGAUUUCUAUGAGACUUUCUUUUUUUCUUUUUCCCUUUGGUGCAGAAAACAAAAGGCAAAAUGAGCUUCCCAGAAAACAGUGAUAUAUAAGGUUUGGAACACGGUUCUAAAUAGUACAUUAACACUAUAGAUGGGCUAUAUUGAUGAUGUAGUUGAUUAUACUGUUUUGACGUUUCUCUUAAUACCAAUGCAACUAAAAAAWUCCUCUACUUAAUUGUGUUUGAAAUAAGUGCUCUUAAAGAAAAAUCUGUGGGCAUAUGAAAAUAUAGCAUAGCGUAGGACCACAGUGCAGUGCUGGCAUUGCAGAAUGUUUUCUAACUGGUGCUGCUAUACCCAUCAUGGUAACUCAGGGGUAUGCAAUACAGAUCCUAUACUGUCAUGUUGACAGAUUAUCCAGUUGCUUUUAAAUAUUUGGGUUCCUUUUUUGUUUGUUUUUAAUGCUUUCAGCUGGUGAUAAGUCCAACAGGCAUAUCCUGUGACUUGGUCAGAAUACAUAAUAUUUGAGGUAUUCUACUGGUAAAUGAUUACUUUCAAAAGUAUUUCAAUAGAGGCAUUUUCACAGAAACAAGCGAAAAGACUGGUUGUUAAAUUGCUUUUCUCUCUCUUACCCUCUUUYCAAUGAACAUAUUACUGUAAUAUCUUUAAGGAAGAGAAGACAACUGACAGGUAUUUCAUGAACAGAAGUCUCUUCCAUUCAAUAUGAGAUAAUUAYGGUGCUCUUAUUCACAGGCCUUAAGCAUAAAUUAAUGAUAUUCAAAUUGGUGGUUUUAAACUGCUGACAUUAAAGGAUUUUAAAGGGAUUACUAGUGUAAAUGUAACAACAUAGUGUUACAGCAACAUCACAGAAAAUAAACACAGUAAGUUUAAAAAUGAAUCAUUUCAGAUGUUACCUGAUAGAACAUCUGUUUCAGUUGGAGACUGUAGCAUAUCUGACUUCAAAGUUUUUUUUUUUUUUUUUUUCUUAUACCAGUAUGGUCUCUGAUGGGGUAAUUGGGCAGGAAGCAGAUUCUUGGAUCCAACUAGAAGAAAGAUGAUGAAAAGGUCAAAGUGUGGCAAGAUAGGAUUGUAGUACAAAGUUAUUCUUCAGUAUAUGCAUAUAGUACACAUGCAUAAAGAAUAAUUUCCUCUUGCAUAUUAAGCAAGAAGAAUGUGACAUUUAUCUUCGACAAGCUUUGGUAUAUUAGAAUUCAGCUGCUCCACAUGCAGUAUUCCAUGACCCAUUUCACACAGAACUAACUUAAUGCUAUAGUGUACGUACAGUAUGCACUCUUACCU